AUGACUGGAAAGGAACAUGAUGAUCACUUAAGACAGGGUAUCAAGGUUUCACCAGUGACUUCAGCGCUAGCUGGCUCAAUUUCUGGGUUGGUUGCAAGAAUGUUUACAGCACCAUUGGAUGUUGUUAAGAUACGGCUUCAAUUGCAAGUUAGUGGCGAUAAAUACGAUGGGAUACUACAGACCAUGAAACUUAUAGCAAAAGAGGAGGGUGUUUUGGCGUUGUGGAAGGGAAAUGUCCCAGCAGCUGUGAUGUAUGUUUUAUAUGGUGCUGCUCAGUUUUCAAGUUAUACGGUCUAUAAUAAUUGGCUUACUGAUUUUGAACAGCAGUAUAAGUUGAGGAUAGGUCCUGCUAGUCAUUCUUUUAUAUUGGGUUCUGCUGCUGGUUGUACCAGUACUUUGAUUUCAUAUCCAUUUGAUCUAUUAAGAACAAGAUUUGCCAGUGAGCCAACAUUUAGUAAAUUAAGCUCAACUUUGAGAAGCAUACAUCAUCAUGAAGGGCCAUCAGCAUUUUUCAAGGGUGUCAAUACAGCCAUGUUAUCAAUUUCCUUAUAUACUGGAUUAAUGUUUUGGUCUUAUGAAGUUUCUCGUUCGAUUUCAUCAAAAAUUAACAUUUACCAACCAGUUGUGGAGCCUGUCUGUGGAUUUGCAGCUGGUGUUUUUGCUAAAAGUAUUGUGUUCCCACUAGAUCUUAUUAGAAGAAGGUUACAAGUGAACAGAUCAAGAAAUAAAAAUUUCAUAAUCACAGCAUUAAACGUUGUUAAAGUUGAAGGGUUGAGAGGAUUAUAUAAAGGUUUUUUUGUCUCCAUAAUAAAGAAUGCUCCAACUACGGCUAUUUCUAUAUGGACUUAUGAGCAUGUGUUGAGGUUGUAUAAGGAGGAGGUUAUUUCAUGA